AUGGCAACAAAACAAACCAACAUCACCACAGACCAAUCUGCUCUACUUGCUCUCAAAGCCCGUAUCACCAGUGACCCUCAUAACUUGAUCUUGACCAACUGGUCAACCACCACUCUUGUUUGCAACUGGGUUGGCGUUGCUUGUGGUAAACACCAUCAUCGAGUCACAACCUUGAAUAUCUCUUAUUUUUGUCUCACCGGCACCAUUACUCCGGAGCUAGGCAACCUAUCAUUUCUUGUUGAGUUGCGAGUCACAAAUAACAGUUUUCACGGUACCUUACCUUCAGAGUUGGGUCGUUUGCGCAUAAUGAAGUUGAUUAGUUUCACAUUUAACCAGUUUUCAGGGAUCAUUCCGUCAUGGUUUGGGUCCUUAUCCAAGCUUCAAGACUUGUAUUUGUACGGUAAUAAAUUUUCAGGUUCCAUACCAGCGGCCAUCUUCAACUUAUCUGCAUUGCAAGUAAUUUCUUUGAGCAAUAACCAAGAGAAAUGA